CGUCGUCGAACGGAUUGUUCGAUCGAUGACUUGGUACGACGAUGCAGCAAUCCUUCGCGAGGCUAUAUCGCGUGCCAUCGAAGGCUACAAAGGCCAAGUGGCAGCGAGGUGGCAUGUGAUUCCCGUUGCAUUCAAGAAGUUCGCGGUGAGGGAGGAGGUGUUGGUGACCACACAGGAGCAUCCAGAAACCCCGUUGGAACUUCGAGCAGGCGACCAGGGUGGUGGUCUCUUUGACGUGGACGACGCCGUGGUCACUCGUCGCAUUUUACGUGUGGGUGCCAUGGUCGGCGAAGAUGAUGCCGACUUCCUUUACGGCAUGAAUACGUUCACGUACAUCAAGUUUGACAUUGAAGACGCGGCCGGAGUGAUCUUUCCAUUCGACAUGGUCAUGAACGAAGGCGACGGCGACGCGAACACGGGGUUCUUUGCCGUGGUGUGGAUUAGGACUUUCGGUCAUGAUGGCGCCGAAGUCGCGCACUGUACGACCUGUGGAGACCUGGAGACCAGGAUCCGAUGGCUGGACGAGUCCAUUUUGCACCGGUAUGUUCCCCACCAAGGAUUAUGUCCUUCCACCACCGAUAAGCACUUGACCCGAGAAGUGGACGACAACACAAUCGACCGAGACCUGCACCGCGAGUUCUUUGAGAGCAGUUUAGGCUAUUCCGGUCUCGAAGUGUCGUUCGACGACGAUCGCAACCAGCUGGAGCUGCUGAUGGCCGUCGCCGCCAAGUUGAACGAGAAGCCGGCGCUAUUUCCGACGGUGGUGCCCCAACCUCUCCUGGAAAAAGCCACGUCGGCGUAUCUGAAGGACGUGCUCCGCGGCGUCCCCACCGACGUGUGGCAGUGCACGGGCUCGUACCUGGCCUCGGCAAUCUUUUACGACCAAGAUGGUUGUCCACCCUUUCGAGAUGUGGAUCAAUGGGACUAAGUACAUGUCGUCAUAAAGUAAUUGGUCAGAUCUACGCUACUAUAUUCAUUAAUAAACGGCGACAAACCGAC